AUGUCCGCCACGGGGGAUCGCGAACCAACGCCAGAGGGCCAAGAAGACCUGGCAAGUCUGAUCGGAGCUGGCGCCGGGGCAGUUGAAGCGGGGCUGGGCCGCGGCCCGGGUCCUGACGAGGGCCAGGCCCCCAUGGCCGCCGAGGAGGCCAAGGCUUCAGAGCUCGAGGGAGGCCCCGGGGAGGAGGCAGAGGAGAGAGAGGAGGGGGCCCAGGCCGCUGCCACGGGGGGAUCUGAAGAGGACCCUGACUGGGGGCCGGUGCCCCGGGAGGAAGAGGACCCCGACUUGGGGCCGGCGCCCCGGGAGGAAGAGGACCCCGACUUGGGGCCGGCGCCCCGGGAGGAAGAGGACCCCGACUUGGGGCCGGCGCCCCGGGAGGAAGAGGACCCCGACUUGGGGCUGGUGCCCCGAGAGGGGAACCAGGCCUUGGUCGUCAGGGGCGUGAAUGUUGUCCUGCACGCACACCACUUCCCCAUGCUGGGCUUCCGCUGGGUGUUCCUGGACAUGAGCAAUUCAUUCCUCCACCAGGUCUAUCGUAACGACCACAUCCUGAUCCGGGCACCCAGAGCUCGCGUGAAUCUCAGGCACGAUGCCCCCACGGCCCCUGCAUCCCCCGAGCCUCCAGUGCUCCAUGUGCCUGAGCUGCCCAGGGUCAGACUCGCAUUAAGCCUGGGUUAUGGCGGCCUCCUCAGCCUGCCUCCGGCCGCGCCCAUUCAACAACUCGAGGGCGCGGUUGGGCCUGCUCAAGAGUCUGAGCAGGCCAAAGAUGGCGUCACCACGACCUGGGAAUCCACAGAGCCUGUGGAGGUGGCCAUCAGCGAGGAGGCCAUCAGCAAGACGGCCGUCAGUGAGGCAGUCACCAGAGAAGAGGCCAUCAGCAAGGAGACCAUCAGCGAGGAGACCAUCAGAGAGUCAGCCAUCAGCCAGGAAACCAUCAGCGAGGCAGUCAUCAGAGAGGCGGCCAUCAGAGAAGAGGCCAUCAGUGAGGGAGCCAUCAGCCAGACGGCCAUCAAAGAGAAGGCCAUCAGCGAGGAAACCAUCAGUGAGGCAGCCACCAGAGAAGCAACCAUCAGCCAGGUGGCCAUCAGCAAGGCAGCCAUCAAAGAGAAGGCCAUCAAAGAGGAGGCCAUCAGUGAGGCAGCCAUCAGUGAGGAGGCCAUCAGAGAGGCAGCCAUCAGCGAGGAGGCCAUCAGAGAAGCAGCCAUCAGCAAGGAGGCCAUCAGUGAGGCGGCCAUCAGCAAGGCGGCCACCAGAGAAGAGGCCAUCAGCGAGGCAGCCAUCAGCGAGGAGACCAUCAGAGAGGCGGCCAUCAGCGAGACAGCCAUCAGCGAGACGGCCAUCAGCGAGACGGCCAUCAGUGAGGCAGUCACCAGAGAAGAGGCCAUCAGCAAGGCAGCCAUCAGCGAGGAGACCAUCAGAGAGGCAGCCAUCAGCAAGACAGCCAUCAGCGAGACGGCCUUCAAUGAGGCAGUCAUCAGUGAGGCAGCCAUUAAAGAGGAGGCCAUCAGCAAGGCAACCAUCAGCAAGGCGGCCUUUAGCGAGGCAGCCAUCAAAGAAGAGGCCAUCAGCCAGGUGGCCAUCAGCAAGGCAGACAGCAGUGAGGCAUCCAGCAGCAAGGAAGUCAUCAGCAAAGCUGCAAAGGGGCUUGCCAGCAAGGCCAUGGAGAUGGCCUUAGAAGAGGUUACAAAAGAGUCCACCAGCAAGGCCAUGGAGGCAGCCACCUGCAAGGCCGUAGAGGAGGCAGUCAACAAGUUUGCGGAGGAGGCUGCCCGCAAGGCUGUUGAGGAAGCCAUAAAGGAAGUUGCCAGCAAGGCUGCCAACAUGGCUGUGGAGGAGGCCAUCAGCAAGUUUGCAGAGGAGGCUGCCUACAAGGCUGUAGAAGAGGCCAUAAAGGAAGCUGUCAACAAGGCCAUGGAGGAAGCUGCAAAGGAGGUCGUCAGUAAAGUGAUGGAGGAAGCAGUCAGCACGUUUGCAGAGGAGGCUGCCUGCAAGGCCCUGGAGGAAGCCACAAAGGAAGCUGCCAACAAGGCCGUGGAGGAAGCUGCGAAGGAGGUCGUCAGCAAAGUGAUGGAGGAAGCAAUCAGCAAGUUCGCAGAGGAGGCUGCCUGCAAGGCCCUGGAGGAGGCCACAAAGGAAGCUGCCGCCAACAAGGCCAUGGAGGAGGUCGCAAAAGAGACAGUCAGCAAGGCACUGGAUGAAGUGGUCAGCAAGUUCUCAGAGGAAGCCUCCAGCAAGGCCAUAGAGGAGGCCACAAAGGAAGCCACCGUGAAGGAGGCAGUCAGCAAGGUGGUGGAGCAGGCAUUCAGCAAAUUCACAGAGGAGGCAGCCAGCGAGGCAUUGGAAGAGGUCGCAGGGAAAGCCGCAGAGGAAGCUGCAGGCCCAGAGGGUGCUGCAAUUGAGGAAGAAAAAGAGGAAGGAAAUGAGAAGAAAAACGAAGAAGGACCUGAGAAGGAUCCAAAAGAUGACAAACCUGGAAAAUCAAGUUUGGAAGAAUAGAAAGAAAAGGACAGCAGCAGAAGAAACAACCCAUUCUUGCUGGAUUCUUCAUUUUUGAAACCCAAGGAGACUUCAACCCUAAUUUCAUUCCAAUAUUCACCACCCAAAAAGUGCCUUCCAAUGUUAACUCGCUUAUGUCUACAUUUUAAAGAUACAGUUGAUAGCAUUUGUUCAAGUUAAAAGUCUGUUUUAAACACUUAAAUUAUAAUAUAUAAGCAGAUUUUCUUUAAGAUAAGUAAUUUGCAAAUACUUGUUCACUUCUUUUUGUUUAGAUCAACUUUAUCUUCAUUCUGAAGGACAGCUUUCUACCAUUUGGCAGACUUGCUUUAAAUUAUUUUGUUCAGCUCAAACGAUGAAAAUUUCAAGUUUUAAGCAGGUUUUUGUAAAGACAGUGAUAGAGAGCAUCAGGACUUUAGUUAAUGUUACACUGUGUACUAGUCACUAGCCAUGGGCAGCUCCUGAGCACUUGAAAUAUGAUUAGCACAGUAGGAGACCUGCUAUAAUGCAAAAAGUAAUGCUUCAUUGUGUUAAAAUAACAUCGUGUUAACUAAAAUAUAGCAUUAAAAUUACUUUGUUUCCUUUUGC